GACUUGGAGUAUGUUUGCCAUUGGGUGGCUUGAGUUGAAAGAUUUUGAAAAAGCUGAUAAAAUCUUUAAGAGAAGUUAUGCACACAUACAGGAACCAUUUAAGACUUGGUCAGAAGUACCAGACGGAGGAGGGGCAUAUAAUUUUAUAACUGGUAUGGGUGGAUUUCUGCAGACAAUCAUUUUUGGAUAUGCUGGAAUCCGAAUCUACUCUGACCAUCUGGAAAUGAACCCUGUUCUUCCAUAUGAAACUAAUAACUUUGUACUACAUGGAGUACAUUAUUUGGGGAGUGCCUUUAUGUUGGAGAUCAGUGAUACCAUGGUAACUGUCACAAGAACGACAAAGAAUGAGAACUCUCCUGAACUACAUCUAGUUCAAAAUGAUAAAAGUAUUCCGUUAUCUUUUGAGAAAUCUGUUUCCGUGCCAAGAGAAAAACUUAUCAUCCAGCCAUAAAUAUUCUUAUCUUCAAUUAUAUUCAAUCUUGGGUUUGUAUGAAUCUUCUAAAAUAUGUGGUUUUAAAUAUUUAAGGUCCCUAGCCUGAAGCGCUAGGCCCCUAUUAUUAUCGUCUUUUCCUCUUUCUUUCUUUCUUCUUUCUUCCCUAAAAUCCUCAUGUCGUUUGAGAUAACCACUGAAUGGAAUGGUCUGAAAUUAUCCAUACUGAUAGUCCUUGAUGUGAACUAGA